AUGCAUAUUAACUGGGCCGUGGUCGUAGGUACGGCCACGGCCGUCUGCGCUUCCUCUCCCUGGUCGUCACUCCCGUUGGAGCUCAAAGAGAGAAACGGCAGCGAUGCGGGACGCCGCGCCCUUCCAGACCUCGACCUAUUUCAGGACAUGUUCAUGGCACUGAGCGACAUGCAGGAUGCCUACUUUCAGCGCUGGCUCGGCACCUGGCCCCAUGGAAUCGAUUGGACUCGUGCUGUCAUGAGCACCCACGUUGCUGCUACGCUCCGGACCAUCUCUGACGAACUUGAACUCGGUCGGUCCAACCAAGGCAUGGAGUGUGCCAGCAGAAAGCACGAGGUCAUUGCCGGGUAUUUUGCAGAUGUGAUCGCCUACUAUUUUGCCGAGGACGCCUUUGCUAUCCGCAAUCAGGCCUAUGACGACAUGCUUUGGGUCGUGCUAGGCUGGCUCGAGUCUAUCCAGUUCAUUGAUGAACACAGCAGGUUUCUCUCCAGUAAGGCCGCUGCGGGGCUGGGAACCAAGCCCGGGGCUGAGACAUGGUAUGGAAGUCGCUGGAUACCCGCUUUCGCUCAUCGCGCGAGGAUAUUCUGGGAGCUCGCCGCCAGGGGCUGGGACACGAAGCUCUGUGGAGGUGGUAUGCUCUGGAACCCGCGUCUGAUGCCAUACAAAAACGCCAUCACCAACCAACUGUUCAUCUCUGCUUCCAUUAACAUGUAUCUCCAUUUCCCCGGCGACCCCAACCCCUCCCCUUUUAGCAGCGACACCGAUCCCAUACUCACCGCCAACCACCACGCAGCCGAGUGGCCUCCCCACGAUCCCACCUUCGGCAAGGCCGCCCAGGAGGCCCACCGUUGGCUCAGAUCAUCCAACAUGACCAACCGCCAAGGUCUCUACGCCGACGGCUUCCACGUCUCCGGCCACAGCUCCGGCAGCAACAACACGCGCUGCGACGAGCGCGACGAGAUGGUCUACACCUACAACCAAGGCGUGCUCCUGUCGGGCCUCAUAGGCCUCUACCAAGCCACCGGCGGCGGGCUGGAGCGCGAGCACUACCUGCGCGAGGGCCACACGCUGAUCCAGAACCUGAUCCGCGCCACGGGGUACGAUCUCGCACGCAACCGCCCCAUCGACGACAUCGGCGACCCCCGCCGCCCCAUCCCACCCUGGCGCGGCCUCGGUCGCUUCGGCGUCCUGGAAGAGGCCUGCGACGCCCCCGGCUCCUGCUCCCAGGACGCCCAGACCUUCAAGGGCAUCUGGAUGCACCACUUUGCCGCCUUUUGCGCCCCUGCCGCCCUGCGCUUCCACGCCGCACCCGGCAUGGCCGGCUGGGCUGCAGCGGGAACCGAGGCUGAGAUGGAGGCUAUCCGCGCCAGACACGGAGCCCAUUGCAGGCGGUAUGUGCCCUGGCUGCGGCACAAUGCGCGCGCAGCCCUGGGUACGCGUGACGGGAGGGGGCUGUUUGGCAUGUGGUGGACUGCAGGACUGCUGAGGCUGGCCGGCGGUGAGGCAGCUUUGGAGAAGGCUCUGAAGGCGGCCGGGGAUGCGCUGCCCCCGCCACUGGGGGAGGGGGAUGGGCAGGUAGUGGAUUAUCGGAACUUGGGCGUGCCGCUGAAUGCGGUGUGGAUGCGUGAGGUUGAUCUCCCGCUCCCGGAGCCGAGUUCGGGUGAGGAGGGGCAGAAACCCCUGAAUGCGGGUGGUCUGGGUGAGGAGAAUAAGACGAAGCCUGUGGUGGGGAGGAGAGGGGUGGAUUCGGACAAGGCGGGCGUUUGGGACCCCAAUCAUCGCGGGCGAGGAAGGACGGUGGAAACACAGGGCGGCGGCCUGGCGGUUCUCAGGGCGUUAUGGGUGGUUUCUGGUCAUGAGCUAUGA